GGACAGAGCUUGAGUCUAACAUACGCCUUAGGCGGGGUAUCUCCCCCUAUAAAUAUCUCUCCAUCUCAUAUCCGGAAAGUUCUGUAUUUCUAUCGUCUUCUUGAGAAUCUGAUUCCCAAAUCUGAAAUCCCUAAUUUUUCAAAUUUGCAAUUCAACCGCCGUACAUUUUAGGAAUCACCAGCUUAACUCGCAGAGAAAGCUCCUUACUGGGAUUAUAUGGGUGAAUUUAACAUGGAGGAUAUGCCUCUACCCGCUCUCUUCGAGCAAGCUCAGAAGAUCCAUCUAACAGCGACAGAGUCCGGCGAUGUUGAUCAGGAGGUGGUGAGGAAGGGAUGCAAGGCUUUGGAGAAGUGCGAUGAAAUGAUAAGCAAGCUGGGCUUGUUCUCAACCAACGAGACCAAGGAGGAUAUCAGCACCACCAAUCUCAAAUAUCUUCUGGUGCCAUAUUAUCUUGGUGAGUUAACUGAAAAAGUUGCACAGGAUGACAGGAUACAGAUUCUUAAGGCAUCCCAGGCUAAGUUAAAGGAAUUUAUAUCGUUUUGUGAGGCAAUGGAACUUGUACCUGAAGAGGAGUUACAAACAUCUGCGCCAGAUGGCCCAAAUUCACUUGUUGAUAGAAGAGCUCUGAAGAUUGCUCGAUUCAAACGCCAAAGAGCUGCAGAAUCAAAAUUGUUGGAAAUUAAGGAGCGGAAAGAGCGAAGAGGGCGUUCAACUAAAGCAGCUGCCUUGUCAACUCCUAUUGAGGCAGGAGAGGAAGAUGUGCUGGAUGAUGAUGGAGAGGAGGAGCGAGAGGCUUGGUUUACUACUAUCUCUUUGGCAGUUUGUAAGGCUUUUGAUCUGCUGGAGAUGCUAAAGAAAGAGGAAGAGAUGCUUCAGGCUUUUAAGGAAAGGCAGUCACAGGAUGGGAACAAGGAAUUUUAUCAAGAUGUUCUUGAUGAUCGGGCCAAGAGGGCGGAAGCUUGGCAUCGUGAUGCUGCUGCUCGAGUGCAGUAUACCAGACCAUCCGAGCCUAUCACAUGUGCAACUUUUGCUCAAGAUGUUCUAGAAGGGAGAGCAAGUGUAUCGCAGAUGCAUGAACAUAAACACCAGCCACUAAUAUUUGGACCAGCGAGUCUUGUAGGUGGAAAUCCAACAAGUGAGAGGGAAAGGAUGGCAGCUCAGGUGUUCCAGCCCAGUCAUAGGUUGCCCACCAUGAGCAUAGAGGAAGCUGGGCUGAAGGAGAUGGAGAUAAUGAAUACAUGGCAAGAGAGGAAUGUUAAACUUAUGGAAGAAGCCAAUUCUGCAUGGUACAAGGAGAGUAGGAAACCAGGACCGCCUGAGGAGGAUGAAGAUGAUGAUGCUGCUCAAGAUAAGGCGAGGGCAUGGGAUGACUGGAAAGAUGAUAAUCCUCGGGGUGCUGGCAAUAAGAAGCUCACCCCUUGUGGAUAAAAUGACACGUGGAGCAAUCCUGGUUUACGGAAGCAUUUUCUAGAAUUUUGAUUUACUGGAAAGUUAGAAAUUUUUGUUGUAUUUUGUAUGUUCUUUUGUUGUCUAGAUUUAACUUAUGUAUAGUACCCAGGAUAUUUAUUUGAAUAAAAUGUUCUCAUGAGUCACGCAGAGAAA